AUGGGCCCAUGGUCCGCUGGCCCGUAUCAUACGGGAUAUUAUGCAUCAUCCCCUGUGCCCCAAUUCGAUGCCGAUGAUAUAGAAGUCCGGUAUCACCCCAACAGUGGGCGCCCUACACAAGUGUACCAUUUCGAAGAGUACGGAUGUGGCCCUGGUGCCCCAACAGUACCUCCGGAAGCUGAUCCUGAGCCCUGGUCCCCAUUUCGCACUCAUAUCGACUUUGAAGUGGCAGAACUUUCCCAUGAAGCCGCACUCACUCACGAGCAGACAGAUCGGCUCAUCAGACUUAUACAUCGUAGCAAAAACAAGUUGUUCACGCUUCGGAAUCGCAAAGACGUGCAAGACACAUGGGAUGCAGCCUCAUUCAAAUUGACUCCUUUCACGAAGGAAGAGGUGGUUGUGCCCUUCCAAGGUGUUGAUCAGACUUUUCCGUUUUUUCACUGCUCACUAUGGGACUGGGCUGUGGAUCUACUUCAAGAUCGUGAAGUUGGUCCGCAUUUUGUCUUUGAUGCCCAACAGCUUUCGAAGUUCAAUGGUGAGAAAUUUGUUUGGUUCAUUCACGAGCCUUGGACUGCCAGCGCAUUCUGGGAAUAUCAAUCGAAAAUACCACCAGACGCCAAACCACUUGCCUUUAUCCUCUAUGCAGACAAGGCCAAAUUAUCAUCAUUCGGUCGUGCGAAAGGCUAUCCUGUAGUUGCUCGGUGCACUAAUCUUCCCACCGCAAUUCGUAAUGGUGAAGGCUUGGGUGGCGGGUGUGUUGUUGGUUGGCUGCCCAUUGUAAAGGAAGACAAGAAUCAUUCUGGAAAGCCAGCCUUUGUUAACUUCAAAAACGCGGUAUGGCAUACAUCGUUUUUGAAACUGCUCACCUGUCUAGCACCACUAUCGAAGCUUGGUUCUUCCGUCAAAUGUUGGGAUGAUAUUGUCCGCCUGUUCUAUCCAAUCAUACUCAUACUCUCUGCAGACUAUGAAGAACAGGUUGUGAUGGCAUUAAUUUGUGGUCUCAUGGGAAAAUUUCCUUGCCCUAUCUGCCUCGUGCCUCGCGAGGAGCUCUCCAAGACAUCCAACGUGUAUCGGCUUCGCACAUCCACAGACGCAAAGGCAUUGCGUGCUCGAGCCCGAGAGUCUACAACAAUAGAAGCGAGAGAGCAGAUAUUGAGCUCUGAGAGCCUCCGUGAUGUUGAUAAUUCAUUUGACACCAUGGACCACACUGAUGUGCACCAUGCUCUAUCAUUUGACAAACUUCACUUUAAUGAUGAGAGACAGUUCGAUCACCUGUGGACGGAACUUCAAAAAUGGAUCGCUAGUUCUGGUCAACAAGCUGCUGUGCUGAUUGACAGUUUGCAAGUAUUUUUCUGUCUGUAUUUCGAGUCGUUUCCACGUUGGCGAAACCUGAACCACUUUGACCAGGUGGUAUCAGUAUCCUUUUCUGAUGGAACGAAAUACGAAGAUAUAUCAAAGCUCAUCGUUUUUGCAGCGCAUAAUGUAUUUAAGCAUGAUCUGGAUCCACAGGCCUAUCUCCUGCUUCGCUGUAUUUGGAGCUAUGUAGAAUUUAACACAUAUGCCUCGUUAGAGGUUCACACCAAAGACACCAUCAGGGAUGGCCGAAAUGCAUUGUCGGAGCUCACCAAAUUGAUGGAUACAUACAUCGAAGAUACAGCAGACCUCUCAGAGAAGUCAUGGAAUUUCCCCAAGAAACAUCUUUCAGCUCAUGUCUUCGACGACAUUGAGGCAAAAGGUCCGAACGAAAAGAUGCACGGCCUGCUGAAGGAUGCCUAUCAGGAUCGUAUGAACUUCAAGAAUUUCGCUGAACAGAUUCUUCGAUACAACCACGACAGCCUAAUUGCAGAAUAUAUUCGCAGCAAGAUGGACUGCCUCGACGCUGCCAAUGAGGUCGAACAGACCAACCCAACUGAUGCACAGCACUUUAGUCUUGGUUCGCGGCAGGCGAGUAAAUCAUUUGCAGACAUUGAAGCAGGUAACGCGGGCAAUCCAGCCUUUGAUCGAUUCCGGAUCAAAUUGAAUGAAUUUUUGAACCACACAUUUGCUGCCAACAAUAUACCAUUUCCCAGUGGAAGACAUGUCCAACUCGCUGCUGGUGACAUGAUUACCGAGUUUAGAUUCCUUAAAGUCGGCUAUGAGUCACUCGUUGACUGGCGAGUCUCCCUGGACUAUCUCCGAUGCAAUCCAAUGUUUCAUGGAUUGCCUCGAUAUGAUUGUGUUAUCCUGCAGACGGAAGCUGGUCCCAUCUUCGCCAAGCUGUUGUUGAUCUUUACCUGCACAGUUGGGGACAUCGAUUAUCCUAUCACACUCACUCUCCCGUAUGAUCAAGCGGUUGGUGCUCGUCCACGGAAGGACAAAGAUUUCAAAUUUUGGCGGGUCAAGGCAAAGCCCAGGGCCUCUGCUGAGGAUAGCACUAGGCCGAACGAGUUUUUGGUUGUCAAUACGAUUGACACAGACAUGUUCCUUCGAAUGAAGGAAAUUCGUACGGAGGCUGGUUAUUAG